AUGAAUCUUAAUAAUUCAGAAAUAUUCAAUGAAAACAAAUACGUUCUUCAUCGAAUAAAAUUUUUCAUAUUAAUUCUAUUAGAAAUUCCAGCAGUUCUUAUUAGUCUCUUAAUAUUCAUAUUUUUUCGUACACAUCGUUCUCGAUUAAAAAUUCGUCAAAAUGGAUCGAUUUGUCUUUUACUUAUUGUUAAUUUUAUAAAAUUAUCAACCGAUAUACCAAUGACUAUUCAUUUCUUCUAUUUUCAUUAUGUUAUUCCAGCAAUAUCAACUUAUUGUACAUGGUGGACAUUUUUAGCCUAUAGUCUUAGUUCAAUCUGUGAAUUUCUUACGGCUAUCAUCUCUAUACAACGACAUAUACUUAUAUUUCAACCACAUUUAUUACAAAUGCGUUUAAAACGUUAUAUUUUGUAUUAUUCACCUCUUCUACUGUGUAUUAUAUAUCCAAUCAUAUUCUAUAUGUUUGCUAUUUUUUUUUAUCCUUGUGAUGGUACUCAAUGGAUUUUUACAGAAAAUGGCUGUGGUUUCGCAAAUUGUUACUUUAUCUAUGAUAAGGUCUUAAGUACAUUUGAUUGGUUAGUAAAUAAUGGCUUGCCGAUUGUUAUUAUUCUUGUAGCUAAUAUAGCACUUGUAGUGCGAGUUAUUAAAGAAAAAUCUCAACGACAACAAAUCGUUACUUGGCGAAAACAUCGACGAUUGACUUUGCAAUUAAUGAGUGUUUCAAGUCUUUUUUUAAUAGCAUGGCUGCCUAGUCUUAUUAUUGCAUUAAUUCAACAAUUGAUUUCAUCCGAAUUCGCACUUCAGAUUCAAUUAGAUUAUAUAACAGAACUUAUUUAUCUGCUAUAUCUUUUAUUACCUUGGAUCUGUCUUGGUUUAUUACCAGAAUGUGUUCAAUGGAUUUCGAAGAAAUUGUCUGCUAGAGGAAUAGUCAUAAAUAUUGUUAGACCAAUUGCAAUUCAUAAUUGA